UGCAAAAGCGUAUGGGCACACGACUUAGGAAUAAAAGGAAGCAAGAACAUCUCGGGGGUAAAAAAGGUCUGACGGAAAGCCUCAUUAAAAAAUUGACAAUCUAUUAUGGCUUAGCUAUAAGGAGAAACGUUGAUUCUGUGAAAGGAAUGAAAACUGCAAUAAUGGCAACUCUUGACCAUUAUUGCUCUACUGAUAAAUCUCCUCUGCACAAGAAUUGUCCGCAAGGUGCAGACAGCUGGUGUUCAUGGCGCGUUGCUGAAUUUGAAAAUCAAUUGGGAUCCUACAAGCAUCCUCCGCGAUUAAUAAAUGAAAACGUUGAGAAACACAUUCGGCCUAUCUACGAAGAACUGUCAAAUAACGAUCUUUUAACGCGGUGCUUAGGCGGACACACACAAAAUUUCAACGAAUCCAUCAACUCGACCGUAUGGCGCUUGAACCCGAAACAUUUGCAUUGUGGUAAAAAAAUCGUCGAAUUAUCAGCGUUCUUGGCUGCAGGAAUAUUUAACGAAGGAUAUUCUGCAAUUUUGUGUACAAUGCAGUUGCUUUAUUUGAAAAUCGGACAACAAUGCAAAAUAUUUGCGGAUAACAUUGACGCGGAGCGGAUUAAGAGAGCGAACAGGCGUCAGUCACUUUCCAACAAAGAAGCUCGUACGGCACGUAGACUGGAACAAAUGCACCAAAAUGAGUUUUUUGAGGAAGCAGAAGGUGAGUUUUAUGGAGCUGGGAUUGCAGAUUAGAAGAAUAUUGAUGUAAGUAGUUUAAAAUUCAUACCUUUUAAAACUCAAAUUUUAACCUUCGCGCUACUAAAGAUUUUUGUAUACACAGACUACCGAUGGGGCCACCCAGGGUGGCCAAACGCUUUUUUA